GCAACCCUGUCGUGCGGGAAGGGUUUCCCUAGUGUUAGCUAAACAACAUCACGACGACCUUUGAAGUCGCCAACCCCGGUCGAAUGAAUGAAGUCCGGACGCACGUUUUAGCAUGUCAAAUUUUGCCAUGAGUGCCCUGUGCCGUGUUUUCACAAGAGGAGCGCCUUGCGGCCUGUCGUCAUGUUCAUCUGUAACGGGACUUCGGGAUUUUUGCAGCGGAGUCUCGCGGCUGGACCGCGCUGGCAGUGACAGCAUGAGAACCGCCAGCCCUGUAAACCUGACCUAUGAUGUGUUUGAUGGGAAAGGUGACAGCACGCCACUGGUGUUUCUUCAUGGCUUGUUUGGGAGCAAAUCAAACUUUCACUCCAUUGCCAAGUCUCUGGUUCAACGGACCGGCAGGAAGUUAGGUGCUGACAAUCGAUGCUCGAAACCACGGCAAAAGCCCACACAGCCCUGUCUUGACCUACGACACAAUGACUAGUGAUCUGACACAUCUGCUGGGACAGCUGCACAUUGGGAAGUGUGUCCUGAUUGGACACAGCAUGGGCGGAAAGGUUGCAAUGACUACAGCCUUAUCACAGCCUAAUUUAGUAGAGCGGUUGGUUGUUGUGGACAUCAGUCCCUCUCUAACUUCAGCCCACACCAAUUUCCAUGCCUACAUUCAGGCAAUGAAAGAGGUGAAGAUCCCCAGUGAUAUUCCUCGUUCCACAGCGCGAAGACUGGCUGAAGACCAGCUCAGGAAGAUAGUUAAGGAGCGUUCAGUGCGUCAGUUCCUCCUCACUAAUCUGGAGGAGCAAAACGGUCAAUAUGGCUGGAGAAUUAACCUGGAAUCCAUCUCAAACCACCUAGAGGACAUCUUGGGUUUCCCUGAAUUUGACACCACCUAUGAGGGCCCUACUCUGUUUUUGGGUGGCAGUAGUUCAGCCUACAUAAGCUCUGACGAUUACCCUGAAAUCCAGCGGCUUUUUCCUUGUGCCGAUAUCCAGUACAUCCCAGAUGCCAGUCACUGGAUUCACGCUGACAAGCCUUUGGAUUUCAUCAGCUCUAUAAUCACUUUCUUACAGCCAUAGACCUCGUCUCUACUGAAGAUUGAUGCAGGUGGGCCCAAUGCUAAAGGCACAGUAACUGAAUUGUUUAGGGUUUGGACUAAGAUGAGUUCAGUCUAGUCUUUAACCUUAUAAUGCACAAUCGAGCUGUUAUUUGAUUCCUGAUAGUUAGUGUAUUCAUUUAUUUCAGUGUGGUAUUUACACUGUGGCUUAGCAUAGUAUAUUAUAUACCAUUUUAUCUAGAGUAUAGAGAUGUUCUCCUAAACUUUCAGUCUAAAACAUUUGUUUGUAGCUAUCAAGUAUAACAUGUUACAAAACAGUGGAUCCAGUGGCUUUUUAAUGAAACAUUUUUCCUUUAUAUUUAAUAUGAUAGUUGAAUUAGAUUUUGAUAUUUAUUAAAUAUCCGUUUAUUUAAAAACUGUUAUGAUUAUCAGCUAUCUAGCGGUUGCAGAUCUCUAAUGGACUUCAAAUCUGCCAUUAUGGACUACAAGAUCCAGUCAUGCACUACACGCACUCACACCGGUUCCAGAUCAUGACUGAUUGCAGACACACAGAUAGUAGAUUGUCAAAGAUUGAUUACUAGUACUAUAUACACAGUACACAUGCACACUUCAUGGCUGAGUCUUCUGUCACAGGAGAGAUGCUGACAAAGGGAGUGCGGAUCCAAGCGCAGGUUUAUUAAAUAGAUUGGUCAGGCAAGCAACUGUCAACACAGGGGCAAACUGAUGUAUACAGGAAAUCCAGAGUCGUAGUCGAUGAUACAGGCAGAUUAUCAAAAGCCAGGCAGCAGGCUAUGUAAUUAAACAAACUAACAAGUCUAGGGUCAAAAACACGGCAGGACAAGGCAAGGAAAAUGUGUCAUAAUGUUAACUAAACAGAUUAACAAGACUCAGCCAUGAUGUGUGUGUGUGCUAUGUAUAUAAUUUUAGUAAUCAUCAGUCUUUGACAAUCUUCCAUCUCUGUGUUUGCAAUCAGUCAUGAUCUGGAACCGCUGUGAGUGUGUGUGGUGCAUGAUUGGAUCUUGUAGUCCAUAAUAGCGGAUUUGUUGUCCAUUAGCAAUCUGCAACUGCUAGAUCGCUGAUAAUCAUAACAAAAACAAUAGCACUGUAGACACAAAACACUCAUAGCUAGUGAUUAAUUUGUUUUUCUUAUUAUUAUGUUUGUGGAAGCAUAAAAAGUGGCUUUUAUUGACACUUUUAGUGGAUGUAAACAGUAUAUUGUCUGUUAAUAAUGAUACUAAAACUAGGUAUUGAUCUGUUAAUAGUUUUUUGCUUAUUAUACAGAUUUAAUUCUUUGUACUUUAUUUUCUACUCAAUAUAUAAUACUAAAAAAAUCAAUAAAAGUCACUUCAAAUGCAGAGUUCUUUUUUUCUUUCUCACAUAUUUUUUAACAGUGUAGCUAAAUGAUGCUGGACUUGAUUUGAACUUUUAUUAUUAUUUUUUUUUAAUUAAAGAGCAUAUUGUUGACAUGGACACCCUUUCUCUAAGCUCUGAUAAGGAAUACAAAGAUGUCUAUGCAACAAUGUGUGACUUAUUUACCUGUUUUCCAUCUGAAAGCGUCUCAUCUUUUGAUUCAGCGAGACCACAACACUUUGAUGUACAGCUAGUCUGAAUAAUUUAACAUUAUAAAACAUAAUUUAGGGUAUUUUCUUUGUUUGAAAACUGUUAAAGCUGUCGUAAGGCAGGAGUUUUAUAUUGAUUUACAACAAAUCACAGUGCUGCAAAUGUUAAGACAACUUUCAUAGCAUCAGGAGAAGUCAUGUACUGCAUUUUUGUUACAGACACAAAUUUCUUGGCCCUGGGUCCUUUUAUUUUGUGUUUUAAAAGUAGUUCUGUACAUUCAACUGAUAAUCAAUAACAAGAUCAAAUAUAAAAGCAUGUGAUGAAAUACCUGUUCGACUGCACAGUUGAACGUUUUGUAACAUGUACAGGUAUAUUAGCGUGAUUUAUGAUAUAGAGAACAAUGUGCCUACCUCUGCACACUGUCUUUUCAUCUAAUCUAGGUAGGUUUAUUACUGUUCUGGAUAGUUAUUGAAGUACCAAAGCAGAGGUUUAUGGGAUUUUCCUUGACCAGUGUGUGUGUGGCACACAUAUAAGAUUAAGUCUUCAGCUUCUGUUAUAAGGGGAUAUUUUUGUUCACUUGUGGAAGUGUUGAGUAUUUUGUAAAUCCGCAUACGCUAUAUAUACUGGUUAUAUAAAUGUAUAAUAUAUUAAAUAUUAUAUUUAUGACUACAGCAUCUUAAUGAUUUAUACAUAAAGAAAUAUGCUGCAAAAUGACAUAUCUUAAAUGUCAGUGUGUGUGUUCUCUCAUGUCACGUAAUAAUUGUAUUGAAUGUGUAUAUGGUAAAACACUAAAAUCAUAGCACUGCCAUUGCUUGUUAUGUCUAUUCAGACACAGUUUGUGGUGUUUAUGCGUGUUUACAUGGAAAUGUAUCUUUCAGAAUAAUUUAAAAACAACUGCCAGUGAUUUUUAACAGCACUAAUAUCUUUUGCCAGCUACUUAAAAACAAUGAUUGGGUCUUUGUGAAGAUGUUUUUGCCUGGACUUUUUAGCAAUUCAGUGGACUGUUUCAUAAAGCUUGAUGUCAAUGAAAAGCUCAAACAAUGUCUUUAUUAUGAAACAGCCCUCUCUGUUUUGAAGAAUGUACUUGUAUGCAAUACUAAAUAGGAGGAAUCAGUUGAGGACGUAAUGCACAGACUGUUUAAAAAUAAUAUAGUGUCAGCUUAUUCACAGUGAAAUUAAUAUAUACAUUUUAGGUCUGUUAUCUUGGUACUCAGAGUACUUGAUAUAUUUUUAGUGUAUGUAAUGUAUCCUUAGAGCAUCAAACCUAUUGUGAAUUCAUGCAGUAUUGUUUGUUUGUGUGAAAGUGGAUAUGACUAAAUGUAUCGAUAUUAUUUGAUACAAAUUGAUACAGGCACUUAUUUUAAUGAUAUAAUGUGUCAAUAAUGAGAGGUUGUGGAAGUGUGCGUGGUCGUGCAGGCAGUGAUAGUUGAGUCAGUGUUGAACAGUUGGUAUGGGUGAAUUGCAUGCUGGAGUGUAUCUGUGUGCAGAUUUGUUACUAAUAAAAAAAUGCGGACGUCUUAAA